AGAGUAGAGGAGGGAAGGGAAGGGAAGGGAAGGGAGGAGGAGGAGGAGGAGGAAGAAGACGAUAGGAUUUCGAGGUUUCUUCCGAAUGCUGGUCUGUGGUUGAUUUCCUGGUUCUGCAGGAGAUAUGUUUGUGUUCUGUUUGAUGAUGAGCUUCGAAAGAGAGGAACCGUUCUGAGUAAGCUCUCUCUUUGUGUACUGCACAUCAAGCUUGCUGGCGACUGCUGUCAUGUAGCCAGACUGUCUCAACUUCUGAAAUUUUCCGUACUUCUUGAUACAAACAUUGAAGUGCUUGCGCAGACAAGUAUUUCUAACAAAAAAAAAGCCCAAAAAAACCCUAAAUUGGAGCACAUUCCUUUUGCUCUUGUUUCUGUUUUCUUUCUGCGCAGUCCGCCCCGGAGAUUUAUGUUUCGGUACACAACAAAUAGUUGAUAGUUUACGUACUCUGCUCCCGACUUUGGCAAUCAAAUUGCUUUCAGCCCCACACAGUUUUUUUUUUUUUUUAAAUAUUCGCGAACAAAUCUUGACUUCGCAGGCAGGUCUCUGCCGAUUGUGUAUCAAACUUCUAGCCCCUGCGUUCACCUGUCCUCAUUCCCGUGAGCCAGCCCCCAGUGCUUCUCGUUACCACCUCUUACAGAUAUGGCGUCCUUGUUCGUGAAUACCGCCUCGGACUAUCUCGGUUACGGUUGGUUUGGUGUUGGCGCGAGGCGAGGGUUUGUCAUGGAUGGAGGGCAGUGGAGGACUGGAUGGUCCACAUUACAAGAAGACGAUCGAUCGAAGUUUGGUCUUGAUCCCGGACCGUGUGUGCCAUUACAGGAUAUACGUGGUGAUCGUCUGAUCAACGCACUUUUGGAUGAUCAAAGUGAUUUUGAUACUGGGACCGAGACACCUGAACCUUGGGGAAAAGGUAGGUGCUACAGGGAGGAAUGGUUCGGUGGUGGUUACGCGAAUGUUACCAGAGAACAGAGAGACAGGAUGACCAGAGGUCAGUUCGUGAAGGACUCGGCCCUCUCUAUCGGGUGUGCGGGAACGCUUGGUAAGAGAGAACAUGAUGACAAAAUUGAACUUGUUGGCGAGAAAAGGAGACAAGCCGAGACACGGGGAAUUGAUGCCAUCGUCCAAGGCAGACUGGUCGGUGCUUCAAAUGAGAAACGAGGAGACGAAAUUGGGACUCUUGGAGAUUUGAGAAGCUGUGCGGGGGUUCUUGAUAUGGAUCUCAUGACUGAGGGAUUCAAGGAUGAGGCUAUCGUCUUGGAGAAAUACGGUCGCUGUGCAGCCGACCUUGUCAAUGACCGAGCAGUCUUGGACUGGGGGGGAGGAAGUAAGUCUCUGUGGGAAGAGGCGCUUGAUGCAUGUUUGGAGCCUCCCGAAGCUUCCAUGCUGAAGUCGGGAGUUGGUUAUCACGUAGAUGAUGACCACGAAUCUCUUGUGCAUCCUUGCGCAGAGCACCUUAGCCCGCUAUGCACGUCGUGCAGCGACCCUGUGGUCGGGCAGAUGAUGGGUAGGACAGCCAUCCCUUACAUCAAGGGAGGGCUUGUCGGGUGUAACUUGGGAGGAGUAUGGUCUGGAAAUGUUUUUGUGCAACCUGGGUCAUCUUCGAGCGAAGAUAUUUUGGGAGAAGUAAGGGGUCGACAGCUUUGGGAAGAAGACUCGAAAGAGGACGACUCGAAUGCUUGUGCGAACCGAACUGGAUUCGUGCUAGGCGUAGGUGGCCAACAUAACCCUGGAAAUGUUGAAAAUGGGAAAAAUGAUGGUCCCCCAGAAGGCUUCAGUUUUGCCCUCUCUCAUCUUGAUCUUCGUUCCCUUCUUACACUAGAGAGAGUGAGCAAGUCCUUACGAGAAGCCGUUAUUGGAGAUGCUCUCAUUUGGCAGCACUUAAACGUGUUGCCGCCUCUGAGCAUGAGCAUCACGGACGAUGUCCUCAUUAAUCUGGCCAAGAGAGCUGAGGGACAUCUGAAGAGUCUAACUCUCUUGGAGUGCAUAAGGAUAACUUCGGCCGGUCUCGAACAAGUUCUUUCCUUCAGUCCAGAGCUGGAGAAGCUUUGUAUACCGAGGUGCACUGGAAUCAAGGCGGAAGCAAUUGUGAGGAUGGUCGAAAGACACGCAUUGGAGAGUCGGUCCAGAGGAUUAUCUGGCAUCAAGCUGCUGAGGAUCAAGGGCGUGUACAAUAUCACGCGUCAACAGCUGGACGUUCUCCUCGGCGUUUUACAACACGGUCGUGAUCAACAAGAACUACGUAAGAGUUACAGGCCCUAUUAUUACCGUCAUGGCAACUAUGGCAUUCAGCGUGAUCUUGCAAGCGACGAUGAGCGCCCAAUAGAUGUGGAGCCUUGUCCCAAAUGUGGAAAUGCAAGAGUGGUCUAUGAUUGCACUCGGGAGACUUGCCAACAAGAGAAAGCGCACCCUGGUCUUACGUGCAGAGGAUGCACUUUGUGCAUUGCCCGAUGUGAGGAAUGUGGGACAUGCGUCGAUGAUGUACUUUACGAGGAAACGUUCUGUCUAGAUCUGCUCUGUUCAGCCUGCUGGUACCGUUUGCCGAAGUGCACAGAGUGCAACAAACCGGGAUGCGGUCGACACGCUGAAGACAGGUUCCCAGGAAUAUCUUUCACCUGUGAGGAUUGUUGUGCUGGAGCAGCAGGCCCCGAGUUUCACGCACCUGCAGACAUGUGAAGCAAAGCCACUGUGUACUAUAUGAGUUCAACUCUCAAUCAACGAUACUGGGAGCUCACGGGCCUAUGCAGCGAACUUCACGAAUGAAAGUUUUGGAGACCUUGAAGUGCUGUUUAGAGGCCGUGUGCUCAGAUGUAAGUUAAGAUAUUGUGAAUACACUUUAGUCACUGAAGAAGCGGAGUCCGAUCACAGAAAAUUUGUGUUCAGAGUAUUAGGAGCAGGAUAACUUUAGGGUUCAAUUAGUUGAUAGACUUUAGAGAAUGUAGAAGGGCCAGAGGAAAGGAUUCCUAGUGAAGUGCCCAAGCAGUUGGGUUUAGGUCUCAGAGCCUAUGAUGCAAACAGACUCAUACACAUAGAAAAUGAAAGAAUUGACAUGUACGCAGAAGUUUUUAAGCCCCUUGGAAAGAGUAGCCUCGCGGCCCAUACACGAGAGUGAGGGAGAUAGAGAGAGCGACGAAAUUGUACUUGUAGAGCAGAGCUGAGUGACGUCCCCGGUCCACUUGAGGGAUUGCAUACAUAAAGUACUGCAAAUGAUCUCUCUGUUGUAGUGUCAUUCUACAGAGAGAUCACACUCACUGAUUUGCUGAUAAUAGUCGGACCUCAGAACAGAGAGAUGGAGAGAUUAUAGUCAUUUAGCAAUAGCUCCCCAUCCUCUGGAGACGUCUGCGCCCUGGAUGGAACGACCUUUUAUCAUGGAUGGUUUCGAGGCAGCACAGUGAUCCCUUUAUGAGAUAGGGAGGACUCUCCUGCAGAGUUAUGAAGAUGGGAAUCUUCCAGGUUUUUACCAGGAUUCGAAUCAGCCGGUGAAAGAAUGGAUGUAUUCGUACAGCAGUGCCUGUUAUAGCCUCUCGAUCAGAGACCUCAAGCCCUGCUAGAAAGAGAUUUCAUAACAGAAUUUUUUUGGAAAGAGAUGAGAGGAAGAGAUAGACGGGGCCAAAGCGCCCCUGAAGUAUACAGAGUGUGACUAGUCCUUGAGCACUCCUUUUAGAAGAGUCAAGCGGAAAAUUUUACAUCUGCUUCUCAAUUCAGUGGUCCUGAAAUCAGUAUCUUAAAAAGAUAAUUCAUGGCGGCCACUGACCCAGCGUUUGGCGUUGUUAUUUGAGCCAAACUUGCGAUCUAUCCAGCAUUACACCUUUAUCAUCCACAUGUUCUUGCUGGAGGAGAACUGUUUCUUUACCCUAGUUCGACGUGCUUCACCUUUUUGGAAUCACGUCACUAUUACUUGCUUCCUCUGGCUUCUUCCUUUUCUUUUUUUACUGGGAAGAUGCGGUGGGGCGGCCAAAGCCGAUAACUUUGAAAACAGGCUUUUGGUCCGAGAUCAUUCCGGGUAAUCCAGUCCGUCACAGGGUGCACACAGGAGGAGUCGGCAGGAACGGCUGUUGGCGACCAUCGAAAAUUCCGCCACUUUAUGGUCUAGCACCGCGAAAUUAUCCUGCUGCUGUGGAGAGAUUCGGUCUGGUGACCAGGAGCUGAGACUUUGUCUCCGUUCGAUGACCUUUAGUAGGGAGCCUCUUAUAUGUCCAAUUGAUUCCAUGUCGGAUUACCUGGUCGUACAGUAUCUGGGAAGUGGUUUAAAUACUUCUGAAAAUGGGCAAAUGGAUUGGGUGGUUGGUCUUGUGGAGCGCCGCGCCGCGCUGCUAUGAUCUAAAGCUCGAUGACGACUAGCGACUCGAGGAAUAGUCUCUUUCAAACUUACAGGUUGAAGGUGAAAAGUUUCUGUAAUAUUUUCAUUGGAGGCCUCUGGCUUGGCAUGGUCACAAAUGGUGGGCGACAUCAUGGGUAGUACUUGUGUUUUUUCUGGAUUCGCCCAACGACGACAUUCGUCUUCGUCAGCUGCAGGGAUCUCUGAGAUGUUGUCACUGAGAUGGGAUCACUGUUAAGAGGACAGUAUUGCAGUUGGUGGAGUGUGACACAGUUGUACUGUUUUGAGCUGCAUCGAUCUUGACUCAAGUCAGCUCGGUGUCGAAGUGGAUUGAGAAUGAUUGCUAUACCGAUGUAACAUGUGUCUCCUACUCAGCUCAUUGAGCCGGGUCUACGAUUCCACGCUGCCCCAAUCGUGUUAAGGAAUGUGAAAGACUUUGCAGUAUGAACUGAAGUGUGAACACAUCUGCCAGGUUAAGAAGUAAAAUGGAGUAGCAGGCCCAGCCGAAGAGAAGACCACGAUGUCGUCGGCGAGACGAAAAGCGUCUUUGGGUUGUGUUAAUGAUGGUUUACGUUUAAACCAAAAGGAAUUGUCUAUUGCUGGAUGUGGCCCUUGAAGUGAAGUUUUUUCUGACGUAGCUGGCGAAGAUCACCACACGGGGGAGCACAGAUAGGCAAGUUUCAAGAUUUAAAAAAAAGUAGGAAGUAUGUCAUCACAAGGUCGCCAGAGAGAAAACUAGUGAUACAUCUCUUUUUGUUAAGAGAAUGCACAGGCUGAGCUUGCUCUUUCCUAAACAAUACGAAAGGUUGUAUUACUUCGUACAGGUGUCUAGUAUAUCGACAUGGUGAUGUUACCCCUGGGUUUUGCCAUGGUAGCGUCUCAGUCAUGACUCCGAACAAAUCCUCUCAACGCUGGUCAAGUCAAAGCGUGAGAGGGAAAUGAUAUUUUUCGGUCGUACAGCGCUAUCUUUCCAAAGAUAGCUUCACAUAGCUAAAUCUUAAGUGGAGUGAAACGAGAUUUAUUUGAAUAGCAUUUGUAUGUCGGAAAGAAGUUGCAUAGGGUCAAUAGCUCUGGGUUAACAGAUGGAAGUUUGCCCAUGCGGUCACACUAAAUGCGAUACCCUUGUAUCAAACUUUCUGCUAGCACUGCUGAGUAGAAUAUCGAUCAUUUGUUCGC